AUGGAUAUAAAGACCUUGCUGGACAAUCUUCAUGAUGAAGUAUCCUGUUCUGUGUGUAUGUGUACUUUCACUGAUCCAAAGCAGUUGCCUUGUUUGCACAGUUUCUGUCUUCACUGCCUGAACGGAAUUCAACGAACGAGCGGCGUUCAUGACAAAAUUACAUGUCCCGAGUGCAGGGGACAGUUUCAAAUCCCUGGAAGUGGAAAUCCGAGCGAACUUCCCGCUAAUUUUCCUAUCAACAGUUUGCUAGAUGUCUUGGCAAUAAAAGAGUGCAGUACAGCUAACGUGAAAUGCGGAAAUUGCAACAAACGGAGCGCCCAGACCUUAUAUUGCUUCCAGUGUUGUUCUUUCUGGUGCGAGGAAUGUAUUUUAGCACAUAACAUAAUACGCAUCAAUAAAGAACACAGAACGCUGGCACUGAAAGAUUUUAAAGAUCAAGACAUCGAGGCCGUGUUAAAGAGACCGGCAUUUUGUCAGAAGAAACGACAUGAAAAAGAAGAGUUGAAAUUCUUUUGUAAGGACUGUAAAGUCGCCAGUUGCAACACUUGUGUUGUAACACUUCAUGAAGGUCACGGAAAGAUGCUUUUGGAAGAAGCUACAGACGCGCGCAAGACUCAGAUCAACUCUAUGACUCAAUCUUUAAUAGAAAAAGCACAAGAAAAACGAAAAGACCUCGAGCAAUUGAACCAAAAGCGCACGGACAUUACACUGCAAGUUGCCGACUUUAAAAGCCAAGUGCAGGCACAUGUAGAUCAAGUUAUUGCAAUCAUCGAGGAGAGGAAACAGGACGUUUUUGAUGCAGUCGAUAAUCAAGCGAAAAAAUCACUUAAAUCUCUCUCACAGAAAAAAGAUGAAGUUCAAAAUCAAGUGGAAUUAAUUGAAUCGGCAAUUGAACAAACUAAAGCUCUUGUGAAACGAAGCUUUAGUACUGAAAUCCUUGGAUUCAGUGAAACAUUUGAUGCAGUCCUUCAGGAACAGGGCACCCAAGGAAACCGUGACGUUGAAUGUAUCCCUCGGUUUAGUUUCACUAAAAGUGAAAAACUGAUUAACGUGUUGAAAAGUGAAGGGAUAGGUAAUAUGAAAAUAGUUUCAAGCGAAACUAAAGCGCAACAAUCAAGAACUAAAGGUAAAGAAAGUAGCAAAGUAAUUGCGGGGAAUAAGGGGGCAAAGGUUGGUGACAGCAGUCCUCUUGAGGCUCAAGUACAAACCAGACGAUUCAGAUCUGUGCUGUCAUUUGGACGACAAGGUGAGCCUGUUGGAAUGCUUAACUAUCCUUCUGGGGUGGCAGUGAAUGAUCAGGAAAUUGCUGUGACUGAUUGGUUCAACAACAGGGUCUCAGUGUUUAGUAGUGACGGUACCCACUUAAGAUCAUUUGGUAGGGAGGGUGAGAAUAAUGGUGAGUUCCAGGGCCCUGAAGGGAUCGCUUUUGAUAGUCAUGGCAACAUUGUAGUGGCAGACUGCGAUAAUGACAGGGUGCAAGUCUUUGAUAGGAAUGGUAAGUUUCUUAGCAAGUUUGGGGAAGAAGGAGGUCGUGAUCAUCAGCUUAGUUGUCCUGAAGGUUUAUCAAUAAACGGCAACGGUGAUAUUAUUGUUGCUGAUAGAGGUAACAAAUUAAUCAAGAUAUUCUCUUCUAGUGGAAAAUUUUUACGUAAAUUUGGUGAAGCAGGUUCUUUGGUCAAUCCCUAUCACUGUAUUCAACAAGGUCAAUAUUUUAUAGUCUCAGAUUAUAGUGAUCAUUCCAUUAAAAUGUUUAAUCUUGAGGGAAAAUUUGCUGCUAGAUUCGGAAAACGGGGUAAGAAGGAUGGAGGGUUCAGUGGGCCUUGUUACUUGUCUGUUAACAAAGAAGGAUUGUUGAUGGUCUGUGAUGCAGGAAAUGACAGAGUUCAGGUAUUUGAACUGAGUGGAAAGUUUGUUACAAAAUUUGGACGUGAAGGUAGCGGGAGAGGAGAGUUGAACAAUCCAGUUUCUACAGCAAAUCUUAAUGAUGGAGGAAUAGUUGUGUGUGAUUCUUCUAACCACCGAAUCCAGUUAUUUGAGCAUAAAUGAAAUAAUCUAGUGUGCGAUUACAACCAGCUUUCCUCGCUCCUCGUCGUUAGGAAUCUUUCGCUAUAGAUUGACUAAAAAAAAUGCACAGUUUAUUAUUAUGGAAAAAAAUUCUGGUACAUUUUAAGCUCACAUUAUUACUAAUUUGCAAUUAUUUAUCUUCAAACUCUGUUCAAUACUUAGAUACAUCUUUGAAAGUGUUUUUUUUUGAAUGGGUUGUUAUCUGUUCAAUAGCGAGGACAGCCUGAUUGGUUCACAAUUUUUUAACUACAAGCUUAUUUUUACUUAGCUUUUUCCAGUAGUAACCAGUGGUAACAGACGUACAUAUUUCUCAAAAAAGAAAAUGCUAUUCCCUUUGUUAAUAACUCAAGUGGAUUAUGUUUUGUCCAAAUAAACAACAGUGUUGGUAAAUGCUUUGUUCCUUGUAUUCAAUGUCUCCUAAUCAAGGGCAGAUUUAAGGGUGGCCUCGAGGGCCUCGGUCACCGCUUUUUCUUUGAAAUAUAGAAUUGUGUUUUUAUAGAAUUCUCAGCAAAAUAAAAAGUGUCUAGUAGGCUAUUGUCCCGGCCACCCCUUUCUGAAUUUUCUGGAUCCGCCUCUGCUAAUGUGUGCAAUAACGUGCGACGGAAAGUUGACAACGCCUCUUAACAGACUUGCUUCUUGAGUUUCGCGCUUAAGAGAAAUACUGCAGAAAAAGACUUAGCAGUGACGAUGGAAAUUGGUGAAGGCCGCCUGUCCCCACAUUUUGUCUCAGGAAUGUGCCACCCUUGCUCUCCUAGAUACCUUCUCAAAGGGGGUUACAAGAAAGGCUCUUUGAGGCUUUUCGUCGAGUUGAAAUUUAUAUUACGGCCGAUUUAAGACGAAAUCCACACGAAACUCCAGAUACGCAUAAUUAUUCCAAGUUUCUUUAGUGCGGCUUGUGCGCUUUGACAUUUUCACUUUGUAACCUGCAAUAAUCCCGAACAAAAGAAGUUUGGAAGUUUUUGGAUAUAACAAAACAAUUUGGGGCACAAACACUUUAGUUUUGUAAAACAUUCGUACAGCAUAGACUGCAAACAAGUCGGGUUUGUUUUUUCUUAAAAUCGGUUUAGCGGUAGUUUUAGCUUUUCUCCCCAGUCUCGCCCUCCGCGUUUAUCCUGGCUCUGGACCUUUUUUUUGACUGCUUGCGCGGCGUACUUGAAUACGCAAAAAUAACGUGACUGUUUUGCAGUCUACAUUGGGCAAGGGGCAGAGGAAACACUGAGGAAAUAAGGAAAAAAGAGGUAAAAAAUAGUAUCCUCCCUACACACUUUGACGAUUGUCCCAAUGAGAGUUUCAGUUGCACCCAACAUUCCUUUUUAAGCUCGCUAUCAAAUAAAUGCAGUUUACAUGCCUUGAAACUGAAGUGGGAGGGUAUUCGAUUCUUUGUUUAUUAUGAUCGAGAAUUUGUAAGACAAGCGAAAAAGCAAAUGAACCAAUUAGAGUCAGGGAAUUAACCAAAAUUAUUUCAUGAUUGCAGGUUUUAUUGCAAUAAUUGUUCUAAUUGAAGAGGGUCUCAAUGGGGUAGUGGCUUUUACGGUUAUCGGCUAAAAUUUUGGCUCUUUUACUGCUAUCGGUUAAUUUUUUUCAGUUACUGUUAACAAAAAAGUUAAAAAUUAAAUUCUUUUGUUUCAAAGAGUUAAAUCUUAAUAAACCUCUGUUUUUGUAUCUUUAAAGCAAAAUAAAGAUCUCAGGAUCAUCUCGGGAUCAAUUUUGAGAAAAUGUAAGGGCUGUCUUUCCCCAGGGACAAAGCAAACUGUCCUUAAUAACGAGCUGUUUGUUUUUACGAUAGCAAAGGACUGCGUGGCCAAUGCAUUUCGGGUCACGUGGUCCGAGCGAGUUUUGUCUCGGAUAGGCCACCGAAAUGCUUUGACCAGGACCAGGUCAAUAAUGUUUUUCCUGAAACAUUUUUCUUGAAUGUUAAAAGUGUCCGAUGCUCCUAGUGUCUUGCCUUGUAUCUUUCGAUUGGCCUUUCUUCACUCGCAGCAAAAUACUAAUAACCGGCUUUCAAUAUGUACACCGGAUGGCGAAAUCGGAGAUCUAAUUAAGACAAAGCGCUGUCAACUCAUCCUACAAAACGCAGGCCAAGUGAGGUCAAGCAAGACUCGUGCCCCGCGCGCUUUCUUUUUUUUUCUCCCAGCCUCCCCGCGACACAAAGAGGCCUCUGCGGAGGAGAGAGCGUUAGGAGUCAAAGUAGCCGCGAAAUAAGAAACGCAAUCAGUCAUAAGGGAGUUUAGGCCUUCCUUAAAAUCAACAAAUCUAGGGAAAAAUUUCUUUUACGGUUAACUCUUUUUACCCUAUUUACGGCUAACAGUUAAAAUUUUUCAAUUUUUACGGCUAUCGACUGAAUUUAUGGCCGUUUUACAACCUCGUCCCCAGAUAUUUUCCCCCUAAAACAUCCCAUAAUGAAAUUUGGCACAAAUAAACUUAUCAAAGCUAUCAAACACAAGACGCAACGCAUCCUUUUUUAGUUUUCAGUUGAUCGCAGACUGCGCAACUAUAGUAGUCAAGUCGAUGACAGUAGUGUUCAUGUACUUUAUUGUUUGUAUACUCAACACGUUGUAUAUGUGAGUGGGGGUGAAAUCUUUUUCAUUUUAAAAUUAUACCAAAUUUGUAUUUCUUAGUCUCUUACUUAUUAUAGAGACGAUUGGUUCAAAAAUUUGGGCAAAAAUACCACUCAAGAAUGAGAAAAGUUCACUUCCGGUUGACGUACGCUGCUGAAAAACGUAAGUUCACUGUAAUCUAGCUAGUGUAUGAAACGAAAGGGUUAGAAGUGAAUAUAGAAAAAUACGCGAGCUUAAUUAAAGGCAGGAUAAAUAGAAAAACGAAACAUUUUAUUUAAAUACUGAGUCCUCUUGACGUUUUUAACGUACCGUACCAUCGUAUCGUAUGAUGCAUCAAUUAUUUUUACCAAAUUGUAGCCUGCGUAGCAAGCGUUUCCGUUUGGUUUCGGAGCAAAAAAAGACCGUGGAAGGGUAUUUUCGGUUUGAUCGCGUGAGAAAUUAAACGAGAACCAUUUUUCGCCCGGUCUUUGACUCUUGUUCCUCGUUCUUUGCUCCUAAACCGCACGGAAACGCUUGCUGCGCUGGCUAACCAAAUUGAUGAUAAAUGAAUGUCUGACGUUUUACAAGUUUUAGCUGCGGUGAUUCGGACUAAAACCUCCAGCUUGUCCCUGAGGGAGGAUAAUUUGAUAAUUGGAAAUAAUGAUAAAAAAGUGGGAAAUAACGAAAAAAUAAAAGCGCCCGCCCACCCUCUUUUUUUGAUUAGAUCCGGACGAGAAACAUUUCCCACUGAUUUCUUGGCUCCUGAUUCUGGUCGUCUCAGGACGAGGGAGUCGAGUCACGCCUAGGCUGGUAUCUAAGUUAGCCUUUCUCAAGUCCCAAUUUUCUGCCCCUCUCAUGUGGAGGAACUGAGAACGUGCCACCAAUCCCAAGAUUGCUGCAGAUUUUUCAUAUUCCGGAAGAAGUCGUGAUAAAUUUCGCCGAAGUUUGUGACAAAUCUCUUCGACUGCGAAUUUUUGGACUAAUGGAAUACUACAUUGAUCUUGAUUAUCAAUUUCCACAAUAUUUCUAGAUUUUACCAUAUAGUGCAAGUAACUGAGUGUUAGGCCCAGUUCAGACGUCGUGCUUCUGCCGUGCCGAACUUAAUUGUAAUUUGGUUCGACUGUAGCACGGCAGGAAAACAACUUUGAUUCAGACGUCGUGCCAGAGUCGAACCAAAUUCAGGAUUUGCUGAUGCCUCGUAACAAUUCUUCUCCCAACUCCCCGUGGGAACGCAAUCUCGCCAAAAUUCAUUAAUAUGAUUUAUGAAUUUUGUUUAGCGCGGCAGAAGCACGACGUUUGAAUCGCUGCCGUGCCAGAGCCGUGUAGCACGGCAGCGCUUGUCGAACUUAAUUGCUUGCCGAACUUAAUUCAAAAGUUUGAUUCAGACGCCGUGCUUCUGCCGUGCUUUUGUCGAACUUAAUUCCUGAAUUUAGUUCGGCACGGCAGAAGCACGACGUCUGAACUGGGCCUUAGAGUUGUCAAUAUUAUUCUGGAACUUCCGUGCGUUUUGGUCAGCAGUUUUCCAUCCAAACCCACGCGCGUGGUGCUGGAGUAAUGGCGCUUGUUUGCUUCGUUGUUUGUGUUUAUCGAAUGGAUUUCAUGAAGCUUUGAGGUAACAAAUUUUCAACUACUUAUCGUUGUGUGUGUUUUGAAAUGUGGUCGAGCUGUUGUAUUUGUGCAAGGUUACCUAUGAGUCAUCUUUACGAACAUAUAUUGCUUUUUUCUUCGCGAUUAAAUUGCUAAACAAUUGUGGCUCAUUUCACGCCUAGUUGUAUUAAACCCCGGUCGUAAGUUAUAAUACGGAAUGUUUUCUCAACAAGGUAUUUUACUUGAAUUUACAUUGUAGCUAAAAAUAAAACCUGUUACUACAGCGUAGCCACAAACUCGCCUGUCCUAAAAACACAAUACCGUUUUGAAUUUAGUUCGUUGCGAACUACCAUUUGCGGAGGGUAUUUCGUAAUCGAAUCUCGUUGCCACUGACGAUCAUCAGGAAAAGGGAAACCUAUGAAAAAUUUGCGUGCCUAUUAUUUAUGAAACUGCUCCUAGCCCAAUCUAAUUCAGGGUUUAAUUUUUGUCGACACCGAUGCUUAAAUGAAACUACAUUUACAUGUAGUGUGUUUAAGCAACAUCAACAGUCGUGAAGUCAAAAGCUUUAGAAGGUUACCACAUUUUUGCCUUUUUUCGCUUCUUGGUGAUGUUAAUUUAUACAAACUUCCCAACCCAACCAUUGUCCAUAAUUGCAGGGCUGCAAAUAAUUUUUUUCUCUUGAAAGGACAGAUGCCCCCACCAAGACACCAUCUUGGUUGGACAAAACAAAAUUUUGGUCCAAUACACCAAACGAAAGGUUGAAGAUGCAUUGAGGCGCAUUCUUACGACAGAAUACCACACUGUUGUGUUCAAUUUGUGAAUUGUUUUUGUUUCAUAACAUCAUUUUACUGUGGUUACUCUUCAAAAAUAUGACCAAAAAGAAUCAUUUUGCUACUCAGUGAUUUGUUACCUCUGCAUCCUGCGACCCUGAGGCAUAAAAAUCCCCAAAUAUGCAAAAUAAUUCAUGGCAUGCGUGCCGUAGGAUGCAAAGAUCGAUCGAUUGAUCUGAACAUGUGUAUUUGUAGAAAUAUCCGGCCCACUCGGACUUGAUUUUAAUUUCAGUAUACUGUAAUACAGAGUUUUGGAGUCUGUCUUCAGAUUAACUGUCUGCCCAAGCAUCUUUUUUUAAAAUCAGCACAACCUACAGAUUAGUUAGUUAUCUGCUAGCAGAUUACUGACAAAUCUGUAGGUUGCGCACGCAUCUGCAUGAUUUCAAUUUAUAGAUUCGGUUUUUGUGAUAUCCUAAAUAAUCAAGGUCUCGGUAAGUGUUACAGCCUUGGUCUUCUGCUCAACUGUUAACGCUUACCUCGACGGUUGAUUAUUCCGGAUAUCACAAAAACCGAAUGCAAUUAUUGUUUAAUAUCAGCAAGGAUUCGCCCAUUCUAUAAGUUUCCCAGAGAGGAACAUCUGCACCACCACUUAGAAAUAAUUAAUGGGACAUUUGCUGAAUAGAAAUUAAUAAUUCCCCCCCUCCUCGCCUCCCCUCAAAAAACGAAAAACAUUGGCAGUUCUUCAUGUAUUGAAUAAGUGAUUCUUUUUUUAUUAUUUGUUAGGUAAAGAAUGUGACCAGAGAGAUGGCCGGCGAGUAUGAAAGAAUGUAUUUUUCCAACUACAGUCCUUCAGUUGUAGCACCAGUGUUUAGUGAUAUCAACAGAUACUUACCUGAACCUGGCAUAGAUACUGUUUUCUCGCCACUCAAGAGACGAUACCCUAAACCAGUCGACUUACCUUCAGUUCACAAACCGAAGAACAAAAAUCAAGCUAAACAUUUAACAUCAACAGAUGUCAGCAGAUAUCUUCCAGUACCUGAUGAUGAUGUUUUUUUCUCACCACGAAAGAGACGGUUCCCUAAACCAGUGGACAUGCAUUUAAUUCAAAGACGAAAGAACCACAAUAAUCAAUCAAAACACUUUACUGAAAGCUCAUCCACUGCUAAAUCACCAACAACCAGUGGAAAACCUAGCUCAGAACAUGAAACUUCAUUAAAAGUGAAUGUUCAAAGGACUUUGAGUGUAAGUAGUGGUGAUGCAUUGUAUGAUAACAGUGAAUUACACUUGAAGAGACCACCCAAGCGGCGGCAUCACUCCAAUAUGACACCUGGAUCCCAGGAUGAUAUUCCUGUAGAGGCUAAAAAAGCCAAAAGAAGUUACUCCAAUUCUGCAACAAAUACUGCUAGGUUCUUGAGAUUUCAUCCUUUUGAUGCAGAGCCACCUGUUUUCACUCCCAACACGGUAAGUUGCAUCCCAAAUGUUUUUGAAAAGUAUUGUUUUCAUUGUUUUUGAAAGUUGACUUCAGUUUGAUUUCUUAUUUAGACUGCAGUAUUUUGAUACAGGGUUAGAGUGCAGCAAUUAGACCUUCAAAUAGCAGUCAGUCAAUCACUGGGUUCUCAUUAAGUGCCGUCAGCCAGCUAAAAUAAUGGCUACUGAAUGAUGUUUGCACCACCUACCCUUUGGUGAUAAAAGGUAAGGUAAGACUUAAUGAGAACCCUGGUCAUUGGACAAUGUCUGACUAGAAAUUACCCUGUCAUGACAAAAUGCUACACUUGCUGUCAGCAGGGUGUGAAAUUAACAGUUGUCUAGUUGUCCUGAACAACCAAUAUCAAUGUGAUAACCAAUUUGUGCUGAGUCAUUAGUCCCUAAAGAGAAAUAAAUAUUGCAGCUUUUUUGCCUUGGAAGGGAUUAUGAUACCUACAUGUAAAAGUUAGACGAAAUUAAAACAAACACAUAGUAGACUCUGAAUUCAAUGUUUGGCCCCAAUGAGCAUGUGAUGCUUUAACCAGCAGUUAAUAUAUAAAAUAUGUUACAGCCUGUUGUUUCUUUGUACAGUUAUAAGAAGCAAAAUGUACAAGCCUUGUUUACUACUUCAAUUUGGAAUCCAUAGAUGAAGCUACAGCAGGGUAGAGGAACGAGUAAUAUUAUCAGACAUUUUAAGAGUCGUUGAGGACUCUUUAGCACAUGUAAUGGGUGCAAAAAAGAACAGGGUGCUUGAGAGAGUCUCCGUCACAUGUCCUGUUCUUUUCGCGUAUUACUUCCAAGUGAGGAUGUCUUGUAUGCAAUUGUGGCUGCAAUUUGUUACAAAAGAAAAUGCUAUGUUUUGUUGUUAUUACAGAUGGUUUUCGAAAUAUAAACCCUCAUUUGGAAGCCAAACAGGCAACAACAGUUUUUGCCAGAAAGAUAAAAGAAAAACACAUGAAAGAAAUGAGGCGCAUUUUAUUGUGAAAAACUGAUAAACUGUUAUUAACUUAAGCUACCCCAGUGUUUUACUGUACUACUCUUGGAUUGAGCUGGGCUAAGAGGUUGACUUGGACAACCAAAAUAUUCAAUGGGCAACCAAACCAAGUCUUGUGGUUGCCCCAGGGACAACUGGACAUAAAAGUCAAUUUCAAACCCUGAGGCUGUCAGACAGAUAAAAAAAUUGAAGACUAUGUUGUUUUGAAGCUGAAAAUUAGGGUACUAAUUAAAAAAAUAAAUAAAUAGUCAACACAAUUUCUAUCUCAACACCUUCCGCAAUUUCUGACUUAAAUGGUUACAUGGCCAGAUGUAUGCCCUUUCUGAAAAGAGGUACAUGUACAGUAGGCCUGAAAAUGGUGUUCACUCUCUCCAGCCAAGACAGUGGUGUUAACCUGUGGAAAAACAAUAAUCAGAUGACCUCCACAGAGUUUGUUGAAAUCUCAGUCACUGUCCUAUUCACAACACUCACUGAUCAUUGUGCAUUAUUAGAAUUAUUAAUAAACCACAUUUCAAUGCUCAUACAAACCCCAUCUUUAAGGACCUUGGUAUACUGAAAUUUAAUGAUAUCCAUUUGCUUUAACUGGGCCAAUUUAUGUAUUCUUGCAAAAAUUCAUUCUUACCUCCAAGGUUUAAUAACAAUUUCUCCCAAAGCAAUCAAUUCCAUUCUUACAACACAAGAAAUUCUCAGGCCUACCUUCUACUGUAAAACACUUAAGAAGUUCUCACCCUUUUUUCAAGGGCCUAAGGUUUUUAAUUCACUUGAUAAUGAGGUCGUCAACUCUCCCUCCCUUUCCUCUUGUAAGAAAAAACUGAAGAUUAAGUUAUUGAGUAAAUAUGAAAACAGUUCAAAAAUCUUUCCAUCUUGGACUUUUCGCCAUCUUUUCCUUACUUGAUGUUAAACAGCUCUAAUCCAUAGUUCAAGGAGGCCUAACCUCUCAUAAGCUCUUAUAGUUUCUGUUAGGUCUCCUUGCCACUUAUUUUCUUCUCACUUUUCCUUUAUUUUUUGUAAUUAUUGCGUGGCAAAUAUAAUAAAAAAAUAUAAAUAAAUAAUUGUUCAAUCUACAGUACAAUACUGUCUUGGACAUUACUUGUAGCCUGAGUUCAGCCAUUUCUGGUGGGUCGUCAGGCGUAUCCUCUGGAUGAGGUAAUCCUCCAGACAUUUUUUACAAAAUUAAUUUGUAAAAUCAGUACAAAGUCAGGUUUUUACAGGAGCAAAACAAGGCAUAAUUUCAGUCAUGAUUAUUAAAGAUAUUAUGUUUUCUGCAUUAAAAAAGGUGCAGGGUGCAAAGAAAGUCAGUUUUGCAGCUUGCCAUUUGGGCAGGCUGUAGCUAGCCUAAGAGUCACUUUAUAUAGCCGGAAAAAUUUUUUUGAUGAGCAGGAUUGAUUACAGUGAAUUCACCAAAAAACUUUUCCUGCCCUUUGGGCAAGUUGAGAACAGAAUUCACUAGCCCAGUAACAAAAUCCACUAGCCCCGAGCUAUCGGACACCACUUUCUUUGCAUGCUGAUGUGAAUUGAAUGAAUUCUUUCUGCAAGGAAAGCUAUAAAUCAAGCUUUUUUUUCUCUACCUGUCCAGGAUUUCCUGGAACCCUCCUGGAACGCAUGCAUUGUGAGUUUUUCUUGCCAGUGAUAAAUUACUGUAUUCUUAUUGUUUGUUAUUCUUAUUGUUUCAGCUUUCUGUAGAAAUAGAAGAGGAAUGUAAGAAGUGCUUACAAACCACAACAACUUUAGAAAAGAAACUGAGGUUAAAAUCAUUUUUAGAAGAGACUUUGUCCCCAAUUUAUCCAGGUAACUAGGUGUUCAGGGCAGAUACCCUCCACCUUUAGCCCUAUCUAGCCCUAUUUUGUCAAAGGCUUUGUUAAGGGUAGUAGGGAUUUGGUGCUCAUUUUCAUGUAUUAUACUUCUAUAUUGACCGUGCAAAAGAAACACAUGUGAAGUGGAAAUGAAAUUUAAAAAAAAUUCUGAUCAAUAUAAAGGUGAAAAGAAACCUUAUCUCAGGUUUCAAUUAAGAAAUGGUAAACGUGCAGCGUGCAACCAUGGAGUUAUGCAUGCACGUGGCAGGUUGCUAAGCAUGAAAGAAGCGUAAGCGACUCUAGCUUCUUGAGUGCUUAGCAAACCUCCCAAGUGCAUCCAUAACUCCAUGGUUGCACAGCUGCAACAUUUACCAUUUCUUUUAUAACAUAUUCCAAAGAGAAAAACAUUAUUUUCCAUUUCCCUUGGGUUGAGUCAUCGGUACGAGUUCAUGUAUGCUACCAUCUGCCCGCGCGUAAACAAAUUAUGUUCUAUGAGAAAAUUUGACUGUAAUUCCUUUAGAAUGACAGGUAACACUAAUUUUAAAAAGAAAUUAACUAGCUUUGUAUCGAAAUCUGUCUGGGGAAAUCCAGCUAUGAAAGUCAAAGUUGCAACUAAAAUUCGCCGACACACAGCCAGCGCUGAAGCUGUUGUUUUUCGACCGUUCUCUGGACGACUGUUAUGAAUGAACACUGAGGAACCAAAUAAUACACACAGAAGUUAUUUUUUGAAAAAUUUAUUUGAAAACCUAAAUGUUUCUGUACUCAAAUGAAAUUCGCUUAUUCCAGCGUAAUGUGCCUGUUUAAACUCAACUAAAAUUUUUCAUCAAUGCGAUGAAAACUUCUCAACAAAGCUGACUUGAAUUUGAGGGUGUUUCCUAAAAUAUUUGCUUGAAUUUAGCAUCAGCUUGACCAAAAUUUACAUUUCAAACAGACUUUUUCUUCUAUAAAAAACACACAAAAAGUACCUUAAAUCUUUGCUUGCUCGAUUUUGCUUCAGCCGAUUCUAGCCGUGAGGAAAACAGUGAUUAAUUCAUCCGGGGCAAAUUUGUCUUUUUUCCUUCAAAACGAGAGCUUAGUAUUUUCUUCAACUUCCACUUUUCAUCUGUGCAUUUCAUCAGUGUAUUUUACCGUCAGGAGAGGAGAUUUGUUGAAUUUGCCUAAAUUUUACUGCACUAGCUCAGUUUCUUGGCGUGCACGCACGGGCAAAUGGUAGUGGAUAACUGACCAAUCAGAGCGCGCGAUUUACUUUUGUUAUGUUAUAAAGGGAUGUGUCAUUGGACUGUGACACACAUUAAGCCAUUAAUCUUUAGCUGCAUGUAAAAAGCCUUGUCUGCUGUCAUGGUUCCCUUUCAAAAUCUUUCAAAGCUACAGUACUGGGUAGGAGUGAUCUUCAACACUGCUCGUAACCUGCAUUUAUAGACUUUUAUUUUAAUGCAUGCAUUUUCAUAAUUAUGUAGAAUUAUGUCAAUUUACAUAUUAUUAUAGUCAUUUAGGUUUCAUUCACAUAAUUAUAGUUACUGAACAGUAGUGUGUAUCUUUCGGAUGUACUGCUGCCAAUAAUUGGCAGCAGUACAUCCGAAUCACUGGCUGAUAUGACAGUUAUUGUCAUAUCAGCCAGUGAUACUUGAAGAGUUUUAACACUUAUUAUUGUUUCAUCAUUUUAUAGCACAGUGGGUAAGUUAGGGGUGAAUUUGCAAGUAUGACCCAGAUAUUUUCCAGCUAAUUUAACAAACCUGUCUGAAGGAAUUUUUGUGUGCAAUUAUCCCAUAUUCACUUUAUUUUAAAGGUUGUUCGCUGCAUCUCUGUGGUUCAUCAAGUAAUGGAUUUGGUAGUGAUUCUAGUGAUGCAGAUUUUUGUUUCCAGUUAAGACAUAUGAGACAGGUAAGGUUCAUGUACGUGACCUUUUCAUCUACUUUUCGCUCUUCCUUUUUAGGAAUGCCUUAUUACUUUUUUGUUUGUACAAUGUACACGUAAACUUAGGGUGAAAACCGGUCAUUUCGUCAAUGAAAUAGGCUUUACCCAAACGUUUUUGAUGAAAACCCAUCUCCUUCCUACAUACUAUUACACACUACUACAUACUUUACCAAACAUUAGAAUUUAUUAUUAAUUUUUGUGCUUUUCUAACCAUUGGAAUCAAGAGGAACUAGUCUUUUCCAAACAUUGGAAUUGAGGAUGUUGGCAUUAGAAUUUAGGAUUUGUGCUUUUCCAAUCAUUGGAAUUGAGGAUCUAGUCUUUUCCAAACCUUGGAAUUCAGGAUGUUGGCUUUUCCAAACAUUAGAAUUUAGGAUUUCUGCUUUCCCAAACAUUGGAAUUGACAAUUUUGGUUUUUCCUAACGUUAGAAUUUUUUAGUUUGUGCUUUUCCAAUUAUUGGACUUGAGGAUCUAGUCUUUUCCAAACAUUGGAAUUGAGGAUGUUGGCUUUUUUAAAUGUCAGAAUUUAGGAUUUGUGCUUUUCCAAUCAUUGGAAUUGAGGAUCUAGUCUUUUCCAAACAUUGGAAUUGAGGAGGAUUUGUGCUUUUCCAAUUAUUGGAAUUCAGCAUCUACUUUUUUCCAAACAUUGGAAUUGACGAUUUUCACUUUUCCAAAUAUUAGAAGUUAGGAUUUGUGCUUUUCCAAACAUUGGAAUUGAGGAUUUUAGCUUUUCCAAGUAUUAGAAUUUAGGAUUUGUGCUUUUCCAAACAUUGGAAUUGAGGAUUUCUGCUUUCCCAAACAUUGGAAUUGACGAUUUUGGUUUUUCCUGACGUUAGAAUUUUUUAGUUUGUGCUUUUCCAAUUAUUGGACUUGAGGAUCUAGUCUUUUCCAAACAUUAGAAUUGAGGAUGUUGGCUUUUUUAAAUGUCAGAAUUUAGGAUUUGUGCUUUUCCAAUCAUUGGAAUUGAGGAUCUAGUCUUUUCCAAACAUUGGAAUUGAGGAUGUUGGCUUUUUUAAACAGUAGAAUUUAGGAUUUGUGCUUUUCCAAUUAUUGGAAUUGAGGAUCUACUUUUUUCCAAACAUUGGAAUUGACGAUUUCCACUUUUCCAAACAUUAGAAGUUAGGAUUUGUGCUUUUCCAAACAUUGGAAUUGAGGAUUUUAGCUUUUCCAAGUAUUAGAAUUUAGGAUUUGUGCUUUUCCAAACAUUGGAAUUGAGGAUCUAGUCUUUUCCAAGCAUUGGAAUUGUGGGAUGUUGGCUUUUCUAGACAAUAGAAUUUAGGAUUUGUGCUUUUCCAAUCACUGGAAUUGAGGUACCAGUUUUUUCCAAACUUUGGAAUUGAGGAUUUUCGCUUUUUCAAACAUUAGAAUUUACGAUUGGUGCUUUUCCAAACAUUGAAAUUGUGGAUCUAGUGUUUUCCAAAUGUUGGAAUUCAGGACUUUGGUUUUUCCAGUCAUUGGAAUUGAGCAUGUUGGCUUUUACAAAUAUUAGAAUUUAGGAUUUGUGCUUUUCCAAGCAUUGCAAUUUGAGGAUUUUGGUUUUUCCAAACAGUGGAAUUUUUUAUUUCUUGCUUUUCCAAUCAUUUGAAUUGAGGAUAUGGUCUUUUCCAAACUUUGAAUUGAUGAUUUUGGAUUUUCCAAACAUUAGGAUUAAGGAUUUGUGCUUUUCCAAUCAUUGGAAUUGACGAUUUAGUCUUUUCUUAACAUUAAAAUUGACGAUUUUGGCUUUUCCAAAUAUUAGAAUUUAAUAUUUGUGCUUUUCCAAUCAUUGGAAUUGACGAUUUUGGCUUUUCCAAACAGAAGAAUUUAGGAUUUGUGCUCUUCCGAACAUUGGAAUUUAGGUUUUGGGUUUGUAGUCAGUGAAAUUCUUUAUUUGUGCAUUUUCAAACUUUGGAAUUCUAGAAUUUGUCUUUUCCAAAGUUUGGAAUUGAGGAUUUUGGCUUUUCGCAACAUUGGUAUUGAGGAUUUGUUCUUCUCCAAACAUUAGAAUUGAGGAUUUUGGCUUUUCCAAACAGAAGAAUUUUGGAUUUGUGCUCUUCUGAACAUUGGAAUUUCAUAUUUUGUCUUUUCCAAACUUUAGAAUUUAGGUUUUGGGUUUUUAGUCAGUGAAAUUCUUUAUUUUUGCAUUUUCAAACUUUGGAAUUCUAGAAAUUGUCUCUUCCAAAGUUGGGAAUUGAGGAUUUUGGCUUUUCCAAACAUUAGUAUUGAGGAUGUUUGACUUUCCAAACAUCAGAAGUUAGGAAUUGUUCUUUUCCAAACAUUUUAAUAGAGGAUUUUGCCUUUUUAGACAGUGAACUUCUGGAAUUUUGCUUUUUGAAACAUUGGAAUUCUAGAUUUUGGCCUUUCAAGUAGUUGAUUUAGUGGUUUGUGUUUUACAAUCAUUAGACUUCAGGAGUUUGGUUUUUCCAAACAUUGGACUUUUGGAUUUUGGCUUUUCCAAAGAUUGGAAUUGAGGAUUUUGGCUUGAUGAACACAAUAAGUAAAAUGUUAAAACGUGCACAUUGAUCUUCACAAAAUCGAGAAGUUUUCUGUUAAUCAGGCCCCUUUUUGAACAAAAUACUUCCAUUCAAAACUUCUGAAAGUUAUACAUGUAGCAGUAAAGAGAUAAAAUACAGUGUAGUGGACAAAUGGCUGGCGAUUCAAACAUUUCUUUCAAAUUCUUUUGAGCUUUUUAUUGGCUGUAUCUUGUUUAAUAUUGGCCUGAUUAACACUAAAACAGUCGGGGUUUUCUGACACGUGGUGUACUUUUUCUGAUUAUGUGUCUUGUUUUGAUAACCUCGAAAUACACAGACUCGCACCCAGUCACCCUGGUUACAGGUGGUCUUCGGUACUUUUCCUGAUCAACUCAAAACAUCAAAUAAUUUAGUUGAAAUGUGUUAAUUUAUUUCUGAUGUGAUUGUAUGUGCAAUUUGUACAUCAUGAAACCAUAAACUGAUGAUAGACUUCAAAGAAUAUUGUAAUUAUUGUGUCCGAAUGUAAUAAAAGUGCAGUUUUUGCUAGUCUUUUGAUUAUUUGAAAUUAAUGAAACGUUGUUAAAUUGGCUUUUACCAUUCAUUAUAGUCAAACAAUAGAAGAGAAGCCUUACCAGUCCUAAGACAACUGCAGAGAUUGCUAAACAAUGACCCUACUUACUGUAAGUACUCUCUCUAAGUGCUUUAAAAAUUAUUGACAGUCGUAACUUUGUUGAACAGAUACAUGAAGUAGAUUACUAAUAGGCCAUUUGCAUGGUGGCAUCAAUUUACUACCACUAUGACUACCAUUUGUGCACUAAAGAAUUAAUGAUAAAAAUCAUGUUUAGUUGUUUACAGCAGUCUGUAGUUCAAAUCAUAGAGUAAUAUAUUGUGCAUUUUUACAGCAUUCCUUAGUGAAUGUCAAGUUAUACCAGCGUCUGUUCCAAUUUUAAAAUUUGUGGACAACAUAAGGUUAGUUUAAAGCCUUUAAAAUGUUAUCACAUAGUCCCUCAGUAAUAAAUUUAUUUCAUUUCUCCUUACAAUAUGCGUACUGGUAAUUUGAGCAAUGUGAUUGGUUCGGUAUCUUGGACUAUUUGUUAAUCAGUCAAAGGAGUCAUGAGAAUUGAAGAUGUGAUGACUGCAGGGUGGGAAUAACACAUUGACCGCUUGCCCCAGACAAGUAAUAGCAUUCUGGAAAUGCCAGUCUUGCCUUCUCCCCCCUCCCUCCCCCCCCUCCCCCAAAAAAAUGAAUAGCCAUUCUUUGCAAUUUCUCCCGGGUGAUGCAGUGGUUACAAGAGACAUUAAAGACAGUGCUCAGGCAAUUUGGGGUGGAUUGAAGGUCGGCAUAAACAAGGCCUGUGACAGGAGAUUCAAAAGUGGUGAAUUGUGUUGUUUCCCAGUUUCAUUUUUUUUGCUCUGUUUAGUUGACCCUACAAGUUAAACGGACAGGUACAAAACUAACAAGCUCAUGAUAUUUAGAGUGGGCAACACUUGACAGUCAAUAACAUCCCAAGAAUUGAUAAACCUGUGACCCUCUACUAGUAAAUAUCCACAGGAGAGACACUUUCCAGAUCAGUGAUCUAAGUGGAAAUCUAAGAAAAGGGGUACAUGUAUAACAGAUUACUUACCCAGAGAAGAGAACCAACCUCAAUGACCCUGGAACUUGGAAACUAAGCCACAUUGGUUUGAUGCGAGUCCUUGCACAACCCUGCUUCUUUCAUUCUGCUGGCUAUUUACCUUGUAGUAGACAUCUCGUUAUUAAUACAUAUAGAAAAAUUUCUCAUAUUUUUUGUUGCUCCUCUUUGUCUAGCGGCUGUGAGUGUGACAUUAACAUCAACAAUACUGUGGUAUGUGUUACCUGAUGUGCUCCUUUCCUUUUGAUUGAUUUUUCCAAUUUGAUUAUUUUAUGAUGUGUGUUUCCAUGAGGCCAUGAAGCUUUUGUUUCUAAUACAGAUCCAAAAAUUAAAUGUGGACAUUUGUUUUUAUUCUUUUGUUUAAAAGCGUUUUCCCGAAUAAUUUCCUCUUUUCUUCUUAGACCAUCCAAUCAUCAAAUUGUAGGCAAAAAGAAUAAAACAGAAUUUGCUUUUUAAGGUUUCAUAUCUGAAAUCAAAUUUCGCGCCAACCCUGGUUAACUUACCCCGGCUUUGAACAUUAGGUCUGUAAUCGUAUGAUUGAUUGAAAAAAUCGGACGACCGCGUAGCGAGAGUCCGAUUUGUUUAAUUACGAGUAUGAUUACAGACCAAAUUGGACGACACGAAGUUCUGUUACCAAUUAAUCAUAACUAUGACAAAAUUUGUGACAUUUGUUCUUUUUUUUUUAAAUAUUAAAACCCAAGAAAUUACGAGAGUUUUUUCUAGAAGUGGAAAAAAAGCCAUUCAAGUGCGCGCGUCCGAUGGUGCGUACUGUCCAAUUACUUAGGCAUUUUGCGUACUGUCCUAUUACACUGUCCUAUUAGUUCUGAAAUUAGGGCGGUUGAUAGCCAAUCAGAUUUGAGAAUUUUGUUUUAAUUAUCUUUGCCUCUUACUUUAUUUCAGGGUGUCAGGAAUACUCAUUUACUCCGAGCUUACUGUGUUGGUAAGAGUUCCAUCAGUACUUAUGAUCUUAACAGUACAGCUCAUUGACUGUUGAAACACUGUAUCACAAAAACUCAUUAACACUGUGCGAGGCGUGCAGUCUUUCAAAAAGGGCCACAUUGUGAAACCAAUGUUUUAACAGUAAUUUGUGUUCACCCAAUAAAGUAUGUUUUUAUCAUUAAGAUAACACAUGGCUAUGACGAUGAUUAUUUAUUUUAUGGACUCUUUUUUUUUCUUUAUCACAGGUUGGUUAAAUCAUGAUGCGUUACAUAUUUUUCUCUGUCUCCUUUUUUCUCAUUUUUAGUGGAUUCUCGUGUCAAGCCCAUAGUCAUGUUAGUUAAGAAAUGGGCCAAAACGCAUGGCAUUAAUGAUGCAAGCCAAGGAACACUUUCUAGUUAUGCUCUUACCCUGAUGGUCAUUCAUUACCUACAAGGUAAAAUAGAAGCAGACAGAUUUCUCUCUCUCUCUCUCUCGUCUUUUUUUAUUUUUGCAAGGAUAUGCAGCAGAAUGAAGCAAUCUUGGCCAGACUAGUUUAGUCCUUGAAGGAUUUACUUUGUGGCCAAAAUAUAGAUAAAUAAAUUAUAAUAAUUAUUAUUGUUGUAAUCUAUGUUUCCAGGUGUUUGCAAACCCGCUGUUGUUCCUGUCUUGCAAAGGCAAUAUCCAGUAAGUCAUAAGCAGUGCACUUUAAAAUGUUUUAUCUUGGUCUAGUGUUCUCUGUUCUGCAUUCAUAAACCUACAACAUAUGCCGGAUUUCUUAUGAUUUUAUUAGAGACCUUUAGAUUCUAAGACGAGUACAACAGCGAGUACGAGAUUUUCUUAGAGAUAAAUAGUGCUCGCGCGUGAACCAGCGUCAUUUUGGCGGGAAAACAAGGUAGCUGUCGUCACUCUACUAUGAGUUUUAGCGAGAAUGUCGAAGUAGCGGAAACAAGUUAUCAAAUGUUAUAAGUUUUAUCAUUUUGCGAUCAGGAGAGGGUGUAACCUCCUUCACUAAAGAUAACAGUGCUAACUUUUCUAGUGAAAAAUGGUAAAAUGAACCUUUCCGGGGUGUCUAUAUUUUCAGAAUACGCGAAAAAACUUAAAGUCAAAUCUCGUACUCGCAGUUGUCCUCGUCGUGGUAUCUAAAGGUCUCUGUUGUUCUAGUACAGUCUAAGGAGCAUUACAGUGUAGUCCUCAGGCAUCAGGUGUAAGGAAUCAUGGCCUGCAGUGUAGCUUGCGGUCUGUGUCUUGGACUGUUGUCCAGGGAGUAUAAUGGAGAGCUUUAGAGUCUGAGACGAGGACGACUACGAGUACGAAAUUUUCUCAAUACUGAGCAUUGCUCAUGCGUGAACCAACGUUAUUUUGGCGGGAAACCGGAGAUGGCCGUCGUCAUUCUACUCCGAGAUUUAGCGCGAAUGUCGUAGUGGCGGGAACAAGUUAUCAAAUGUAAGAAGUUUUAUCAUUUUGCUAUCGGGAGAGGGCUUAACCUCCUUCAGUAUAAAUAACCGUACUAACUUUUUUGGUUAAAAAAAAAGGUAAAAUGAAGUUUUCCGGAGUGUCUUUUUUUUAGAACACGCGCAAAAACUUUAAGUUAAAUCUGGUACUCGUUCUCGUCCUUAAACCUAAAGCUCUCUAAUAUGUACCGUUUGACAUCAUUGUUUAACAUUCAAUGUCUGUAGAAAGUGUUCAAGUAUCAUGGAGAUGUGUCAGAACUUGAGGAUCCAUUUAAACACAUCAGCGGAAACAAGUAAGUCCAGAUUAGAUGCUUUAGCUCUGUUUUUGGGCUUGUAUUACAGUAUAGGUGAUUGCCUCUGUUUAAGCGGUGUCCAAAGUCAACAAGUUAUUAUCCCAAAAUAAUAUUGUAUUCCAGGACUUAUGGUCACGAGAUACGAAGAGGAUGGGUGAACAUUGUUACGUAUUUCAGUCAUCAGAAGAUGUCGGAAGGUCGGGGUUGUGUCCAGGGUAAUAACUUAGAAUGUCAAACGGUUUGUGACAUCCCAUCUAGGAAGCUUUUUAGAGUAUGGGCUGUCGGCUGAGUUGAUGUAUUUUUUCUGCUCUUUUUGAUCGCUCCAUCUGAUUUGGAAAUACUUUCUUGCCGGUCCAUCUCCCACAAUGUCAAAUUUCAUUCAAAAUGCCCAUUUACGAGAUUUUCAGCUGGUUGUUUUAUGUACAGGAAAACUGUAAAGGUUUAGCCCACUUGGUCUACCCUGUGAGUACGCUCCCGUGAUCCCCCUUUCUUUCUUCACUCUUUAUCCCUCCCUUCAUUGUCAGUAAUGAACUGUAGUUUGUGCUAAUCAAUUCUUGUUGCUGCAAAAAUCCUCAUCAGUAUAUUGCAUUAUUUUGUAUUCUCCUCUUAGGUCUGAAAACAAGCAGUCUUUAGGAGAGCUUUUUAUAGGAUUUUUCAAGUACUAUGCAGUGGAUUAUAGGUAUGAACUUUUUCAAACAUUUAAUUUGAAGCAUUCACAAUUCAAACGUUUAAAAUAUUGUUAGUUUACAAAUCAGAUACCUUCCAACGUGUUCAUUUUGGGAACUGCAUGUUGCGACGCCAGCGGUAGUGAAAACAUUGAAGUCCUCACUUUUUUUACAGUGAAAACGACCUAUAGGCAAGCACACGCUGCAAGAAUUGUUUUGUUUUGUUCAUUUCUUGUGAUAGUGCUUGUGCUUGCGUCAGAGUUCAGAGACUUACUGCAAGACUGUUCUCAAAGAAUAACUGUAGUGAGCCCAAAAGCUCUUAACCUUUUGCCUGGUUACAAACCGUGAAGGACUGGUUACUAGUCCAAAUAUUAUGGGAUUAGCAAAACAGCAGCUAAAUAGUGAGGGAGAGCUCACUGAGCUUUAGAAAAGCCUCAAGUUUGGUGUUAAGGGGGCAAAAAAUGAACGAGGUAAAGUCAUUCAAAAUCUCCAAACUUUACUAAGAAUUAGAGUGAAACCUGUAUUAAGAGGACACCCUCUAUUAAGCGGUCAGUAGCCGAAGUGCCCCAAUUUAUUUCCCUUAUUUACUUUAACUAAAACCUUUAUUAAGCGGACACCCCUAUUAAGCGGACACGGACACCUAAAAAGUACCUGAAAUGGUCAUUUCAAUUGUUGCCAACCUGUAUGAAACGGACAGACCCAACAUGCCAGACACAGGAAGUGCGAAAAGUUUGUCGAUUUUUACAUUAAAAAACGUGACUUGCCGAACUUAUUUGAUUAGUUUCACAGUACAGUAUUUUUUGUAUAGAGCUUGUUUCGCUUGUCUGAGUUCUUUAAAUUUGAGUUGCAAUCUAUGUCUUUGUUACUUUGAUCAAUUGGUCCUCUUUAAUAAAAAAAUUAAUUCAAACGUAUAUCGUCAUAGUCUGGAAGUAUUCUAAACGUUUCCACUGUUCAUUUGAAUGGCAUUUGACACCUCAUAUGACGUUAUCCAUCGAAACCUGUAUUAGAGCCUGUUUGUAUGAAGGUGGGGGACCCCAGGUAGGUGAGGUAACAUGGGGCGGGUUACCCCACCCAACAUACAAACGUGAUCACAUUAAAAUGAGAGAUUAUGUGGACUGGCGGGUUACCUCACCUAAGCGGGUUAACUCACCUAUCAGGGGUAGCCCACCUCCAUGUGAACAGGUCCUUAGGUGGACACCCUGUAUUAAGCGAACACUACAACAUUUCCCAAGGGUGUCCGCUUAAUACAGGUUUCACUGUAUAUGGACGUACGGAAAACACGUCGGGUAAUCCAUACAUUCCUUUGUAAAUUUUCACGUUUUUGAGUUGCAUUAUUUUCUUCAGUAUUUUCUCAUUUAACGGGGGGAUUUUGCCAAACUCGGUGUGCUCUUUUUAGUUAUGUAGAUCUUGUGUUGAUAAUCCCAUAUUAAACGGCCUCAUACCCAUACCUCCUCGGUUUGUAAACUGGCGGUGAAUCUCUUUUGGCGCCCUUGAUAAUCCAAGAUUUUUUUGUUUAGCUUGUUACUUCCAUCAUGCUGGCCUUGCUAAUUAAAACCAGCUUUAACUGAUUGGACUUGGGUGGGCGAUGGGAAUACGCCACUCGCACAUCCCCCAUAAUGCACCUUAUUUGCGCCCCAACAUUUUGCAUAACCUUUGUUUUUCAUUUCUCCUGGGUAUUACAGCCGUCCCAAGAGAAAUUGAAAACAAUACUUAUGCAAAAUGUUGGGGCGGAAUAAGGUGCAUUAUGAGAGAUGAGCAAGUGGCGUAUUCAUAUAUGUCCUUUACCCCAAUGUGACAAGGUGCUUGGACGCAUUGGUUGUACAUGUAACACCGAUGAUAUUAACUGUUAUGUUGUUUUCAGCUGGGAUCAAGAAUAUAUUUCUGUUGCAAAGGGUGCUGCGUAUCCCAGAUAUCAGAGAAUGUGGCAAAGAAAGCAUAUUUGUAUAGAAGGUAUACUUGAACCUGAGGCUUUUUUCUUUUGUCCUUUUACUAUCAAGAGUUGCAAACUUCAGCAGUCCAAAUUGCAUUUUGGAAAUAUUGAGAAACAAACGGUACCAUUUACAAGGUGUUACUGAAGAGGUUUGAUUUAGAUGGUCAUAGGAUUUCAUUCAGAGUCGGAUUGGAAUGUUUGAACGAUGGUUUUAUCGUGGCAGUAGCGAUUUUUUACGCAAGUCGCAACUUUAUGGUGGACGAUUUGGAAGUUUUCGAUUUUUGACUGCCAGAUAUUUUUCAGCAACUCCCGGUCUGUCUUAAAAUCAAAUCUUCCCUGACUGGUCCCUGACUGGUCCCUGACUGGAGACCUGAUGGGCCAUCAAAAACCAAGGAUUUACCGUUAUUUCAAGCCCCGGUUGUUCUCUUUUUAAUCUUUUUUUUUGUUAAUUUGCUGGGUAUUGUAAUAAUGAAUAUAUGAAUUUCAUAUAAUUUGAACUGCUGGAUAAAAAAAUAAAUCCAGAGAAGAUCAUCGCAGUUGUAUAAGCAACUAAUACCGUUGCGAAAAGAAAGCCUAAAAAAAUUCCGGCUUUCCGGGCUUCGAACCCUAACCUCUGCGAUACCGUUGCAGCGCUCUAACUAAUUCGAAUCCCGAUAAGCCUAGGUUUUUUCAGGCUUAAUUAUUAUUAUUAUUAUUAUUAUUAUUAUUAUUAUUAUUAUUAUUAUUAUUAUUAUCAUUAACAUCAUUUUAUUUUUUAUUUUUUAACAGAACCUUUUGAUGGAAAUAAUGUCGCCAAAUCCGUUUGUUCACUUGAGAGUUUCAAUAAGAUUCAAAUGAAAUUCAGGCUGGUGAGUACAGAUUGAUAUCCUUUUUCAGCACCUCCCAACGAGACCUUCCGAAAACGUUCAUAAAAGGGGAUAAAUUUGAAAGUGCCGGUCUUAAGAUUUAGCCGGUGUGGACCGGAAAACAUUUUGAAAAGGGUGCUUGAAAAAAACUGACGUCACGAAAAUUGUAUGUUUUUUUUUCUGGCAGCGUUUGCCGCGUUUCGUUUUCAAAUUCUUCCGGUUUAAUGUAGAAACACAACCUCAUAUCUGUUAUUGGCUUAUUGCCGGGGAGGAAGAAGGAUUCGUUUUGAAAUGUAUUGGGAUAAAUCUUGACGGAAAGCAUUUAAUGCGUCGUUUCUAAAUCUCUGGGUUUUCAGUUUAAACCGUUUUUGUUUGGACAGGGCCAGUCUGAAUUUAAAGGGAGCCGUGAGGAAACGCACUGUCACGGCGCCUUAUGACAUGCUCGUGCUUAAAGCAUUGGUCAGCGUUACCUAUCAAGAGUGAAUGGGAAUUUUUAAGCGAUUUUAAAUCUGUACAAGUUGGGAUACUGUAUCAUGUCUUAAAUGACAUUAUGCAUUUGUGCGUAAAUAGGCCAAGGGCCAUACUCAAAAAAAUUCUCAUGCAGAAUAUUUUAAGUUUUUUAACAGUUCGAGAAAGCAACUUGUCAAAAAUAGCUUAAAUAAUAAAACGGCAUUUUUCAUUUUCUGUUUUAAUUUCUGAUAAGAUUCGUUUACGAUACGUUAAAAGAAACGGUUGACGUAAAUAGUUCCUUAUAGUUGCUUUAACCUUUUUAGGCGUGGCACACACUUAAAAUUUCACCAAGUCUUGAAAGCAUCAAAGUCACGUAGAGACGACACCCCGCUCUUUAGGUGCGUACUUACAAGUGUAUCAUUCAAAUGAAAGAAAUACAGGCCAUUCAUCGGUGUACGAACCCAUUUAAUGACCUGUGUUGUAUUAACGCUGGAGCGAGCAGAAAUGUUCUUGGAUAAAGGGCAACGCGUUACUGACCAUUAUCAGCCUGAGUGCUAUAUUCUGCGGUAACACCCGUAUUGGCAAUGUUCUAUUUCUCUGAGGAACUCACUCGGACAAAACAUAAUGGAGUUUUUAUGAAGCCUCUAGAGUCAAUUAAUCCUUCACCGACACUCCUUUUAGAUCAGGAGCAACCUUGAGUAAGAUUAGCCUUUCUCUUGUGACGCUUUCAUUUACAAACUCAAAAUUGUGCCAGUUGUGAAAUAGUGAAACGCUCUUUCAAAACGACUGCGUUGUGUAUAAGACUACAUCAGGUUCAAAGAUAUUCCUAUUUUAACUGCUGGAACGUUCAAGUAAUGUAAACGUUUCGACUGGUCACAAUUCAAAUGUUCGACCGUCGGUCACUCAUUUAACCCUUUAAGCUCCAGUAUCCACAUAUAAAUUCUCCAUACUGAUCUCCGUACAUUUCCUUAAAGAAUUAGUUGACAGAGUUUGGCAAUAGAUCAAAGCAUUUUCCCUUUAGUGGUCAUUUUAUUAACUCUCAUAACCAUUUCUCUUGGCAACAUAUGAAUAUCGUUGGGAGAAAAUUGAUGUUGGUCAAUUAUUGGAACUGAAAGGGUUAAGAUUGAUGUAACAUACAAGUCUGUAAUGGAUUGAUUGUGAAACUUGCUUGCACCAUUGCUCUAAAUUGC